UGGAGAAAAAACAAGGAGAUGUCAAAAUUCUGCUGCGAAGUGAAUAAUCGACAAAAGCAGAAAAACGUUGUGAAAGCAAAACUCGCUGAACAUUGUUGCUUCGUCACAUCACAUCUUCAAAAUACUAUUUCUGAGGGUAUAUUUCGUAGCCAGAUCGAAGUGAAAGGAUCUGGGCAACAAUAGUGGUGAUAUAAUUCGGUAUAACAACGCGAAAUAAUCACAACUAUCGUACAAAAUGGCGAUGUCAAAGACGACCAACACGUACAAUCGUCAAAACUGGGAGGAUUCCGAAUUCCCCAUCCUCUGCCAGACCUGUCUCGGAGACAACCCGUACGUGAGAAUGAUAAAGGAACGUUACGGGAAGGAGUGUAAAAUCUGUACCCGCCCAUUCACAAUCUUCCGCUGGUGUCCCGGCGCACGGAUGCGUUUUAAGAAGACGGAAAUCUGUCAAACCUGCAGCAAGCUGAAAAAUGUCUGCCAAACCUGUCUGCUCGAUUUGGAGUACGGACUGCCCACUCAGGUGCGCGAUGCCGCCUUGAAGAUUCAGGAUAAAAUUCCCGAGAGUGACGUUAACAAAGAGUAUUACAUUCAAACGAUUGAAGGCCAGCUAAAGGCCGGUGGUGACAACACUGUGGCGGCGGGUUUGGUCGGGAAAUCACUUGCUGCCAGUGAUAUGUUGGCUAAGUUGGCACGAACAGCACCAUAUUACAAGCGAAAUUUACCUCAUAUAUGUUCCUUCUGGGUGAAGGGAGAAUGUAAACGUGGAGAAGAAUGUCCGUAUCGGCAUGACAAACCCGUGGAACCGGAUGAUCCGUUGUCGGAGCAGAACAUACGAGAUCGCUACUACGGAAGAAAUGACCCGGUAGCGGAUAAACUAAUGAAGCGAGCUGCAUCCAUUCCAACGCUGGAACCGCCAGAGGACAAAACAAUCACUACCCUGUAUGUGGGUAAUCUUGGAGAACACAUCACCGAAGUGGACAUCCGCGACAACUUUUACCAUUACGGUGAAAUACGGUCAGUUUCACUUGUACCACGGCAACAGUGUGCCUUCGUACAGUAUACCAAACGAGCAGCCGCCGAGUUGGCUGCCGAAAAAACCUUCAACAAGCUCAUCCUUGGUGGCAAGAAGCUCACCAUCAAGUGGGCCCACUCGCAGGCCAAAUCUACCGCUUACGCCCAAAGUUCCGUUCCGCGGAACAAUCGAAUCUUCGACCCCGUUCCAGGGCUUCCCGGUCAGCUGCCGAUGCCACCUAAUCCGAACGAUUACUUCAACUUGCAAGCUUCGGAAAUGGCUGUCCUACCACCGGGCAUGAAAAUUCACCAACUACCUCCAGGGUUGAUUCCCGGGGCUCCAACGGGAGCUGGUUAUUCACAAAUGUACCAAGCGUCGGGCUCGGGGGCAGCCGCAGGAAUGAUGAUUCCGCCUACACUGCCUAAUCCGGGAAUGCAGCAGAUGCACUAUCCCAGCCAGGAUCCGGCCCGGUUAGGGGCGCUGAAAAAAUAGUAAAUUGUGGAUGUUUGUAUGUGUGUCGCUGCUUCGUCAAGAUCGUGAAUAAAGUAGUACAUAUUCAA